GUUUCUAAGCUGGAUUUAAGAUGCAGCGCCCAGUCAUCCUCCCCGGUGCGACAGUAGUUUCCACCGCCGUCAGAAGACAGAGGCACCGUAGAAAACGACGGGGAUUCAUGCCUUGGCAUCAAAACUUAGGCCAUGGAAAUAACACUGAAGGGUUAUCCUGUGAAGGUGGCCAGCAUCCCAUGGAGGAAUAACAACCUGAGCACCCUGCACACGGAGCCCCCCCUGUCCGAACAGGGAGAAACCAUCAUCGGAGUCUACCUCCUAGUGUUGGGAUGGCUUUCCUGGUUUGGAAACAGCUUAGUGAUGUUUGUCCUGUACAGACAACGAGCAUCGCUUCAGCCCACGGACCUCCUCACAUUAAAUCUGGCCAUCUCCGACGCUAGCAUCUCAGUGUUCGGCUACUCCAGAGGAAUAUUAGAAAUAUUUAAUAUCUUGAAAGAUGACGGGUAUUUAGUCACUUGGAUCUGGACCUGCCAGGUCGAUGGUUUCUUUACUUUGCUGUUCGGCCUCGCCAGCAUCAACACCUUGACCGUCAUCAGCAUCACCAGAUACAUUAAAGGCUGCCAUCCCAACAAAGCGUACUGCAUUAGCAUGAACACCAUCGCCGUGGCUCUGAUCUGCAUUUGGACCGGCGCCAUGUUCUGGUCUGUGGCUCCGUUACUGGGAUGGGGCAGUUACACAGACCGGGGUUAUGGGACCUGCGAGGUGGACUGGACCAAAGCCAACUACUCCACCAUCCAUAAGUCCUACAUCGUCUCCAUCCUCAUCUUCUGCUUUUUCAUCCCCGUCAUCAUCAUGCUCUUCGCCUACGUCUCUAUUAUCAACACUGUCAAAAGCACAAACGCCAUGUCAGCUGAUGGUUUACUCACCUCCCGACAGAGGAAGGUGGAGAGAGAUGUUACAAGGAUUUCCAUUGUAAUCUGCACGGCUUUCAUCAUGGCCUGGUCCCCAUAUGCCGUGGUAUCGAUGUGGUCGGCCUGGGGCUUCCACGUGCCCACCACCACCAGCAUCUUCACACGUCUGUUCGCCAAGUCCGCCAGCUUCUACAACCCGCUCAUCUACUUUGGCAUGAGCUCCAAGUUCCGCAAAGACGUGUCGGUGCUGCUGCCGUGCGCGAGGGACCGCAGGGAGGUGGUUCGUCUGCAGCACUUCAAGAACAUCAAAGCCAAGGCCGAGACUCCGCCCCCCAACCCGAACCCGUCGGCGCCGUCACUUCCUGCGAAACACCCCGAGGUGAAGUACAUGACAGAGAAGACGCAUCAGUCCAGUCCUGACAAUGAUUCAGGGGUGAACAGCCCGCCGCAGACGCCGCCGUCCGACCCGCAGGAGGUCUUCCACGUUGACCCGGCGUCUCACGUUGAAACGUCAGAGUACUGGAGCGACAGACUCUGAAGACUCCGCCCACUUCACCUGAACCGAUACUUGAAUUCACAAGGGGAGAUUAAGAGUAUUUUUGUAUGUUUUGGUCUUACCCAUGGUACUGAAGUGUGAAAAAUGUGUAACUGCUGUCAAUAAAUGUUCUGAGUUUUAA